UCAUUCAUUGGUCACAUGGACACCUUGUUUCUCAUUUUUCUUCUUUCUCUAGCCAUUAGUCCCCUUCCUUCGUCUUCAGCAUCGGACACUUUGCGUAGAGGCUCAUCCCUCUCCGCGGAGAAAUCCAAUGAUGUCUUAAUCUCACCGGAUGGGGUUUUCACUGCCGGCUUUCACCAAGUUGGCAACAACUCGUUUUGCUUCGCCAUUUGGUUCACCGAGCCUUCUUCCACUCACUACCAAAACCGCACGGUUGUUUGGAUGGCGAAUCGCGACCAACCGGUGAACGGGAAAUACUCAAAGCUCUCACUCCAAAGUUCUGGCAAUCUCAUCUUGACCGAUGCCGGACAGUCUAUUGUUUGGGCAACAACCACUACUUCACUCUCGCCAGCUCACUUGUCCCUCCAGAACUCAGGCAAUCUGGUUUUACUAAACCUUGAUCGUGUCGUUUUAUGGCAGAGCUUUGAUUUUCCAACCGACACCCUUCUUCCACAUCAACCGCUCACCCGAAACACAAUGAUUGUCUCCAUGAGAAGCCAGAGCAACUUCUCCUCUGGCUUCUACAAGCUUUUCUUUGACAAUGACAACCUUCUGCGUCUACUUUUUGAUGGUGUUGAGAUUUCAAGCGUCUAUUGGUUUGAGCCAUGGCUUACAGGCCAGAGUGCUGGAAGGUCCACGGAUAACAGCAGCAGAACUGCAGUGCUUGAUUCGUUAGGCAACUUUACUUCGUCUGAUAAUUUCACGUUAAUGGCAGCUGAUUAUGGUGCAGGAUUGCAGAGAAGAUUGACGGUUGAUUCUGAUGGAAAUGUUCGAUUGUAUAGUCGGGAAAAGCCUGGAGACAAAUGGAGCAUUUCAGCGCAAGUCUUCUCCGAUCCAUGUAAAAUUCACGGCGUUUGUGGAGUUAACAGCGUCUGCAGCUAUGAUCCAUUUCAUGGUAGAAAGUGCUCUUGUAUUCCGGGUUACAAGAUGAAAAAUCAUACUGAUUGGUACUAUGGUUGUGAGCCUCAAUUUAAUUACACUUGCAACAAAGGUGAGUCAACUUUCUUUAAACUUUCAAAGCUUGAGUUUUUCGGGUAUGAUUACGGUUACUUUGAAAACUACACCUAUACGGAUUGUGAGAAUUUAUGCUUGAAACUAUGUAACUGCAAAGGGUUCCAAUACUCUCGCAUCCCUAACAGACCGAUGUUUAGCUGUUACCCCAAGACGGUAUUGCUCAAUGGAUACAGGUCCCCUAGCUUUUUUGGGGACCUGUAUUUGAGAGUGCCGAAAACCCAUGUUUCGUAUUAUCAAAAGCCCCAGGAAGAGUAUAGGUUAAGCUGCUUAAGCAGAGUUGUUGGUCUAAAUAGAAAUUAUGUGAAAAGCAGUGUGGCUAGUUCAGUGAAAUUCCUGCUCUGGUUUGCCAUUGGAGUUGGCGGGUUUGAGAUCAUUUGUAUCCUUUUGGUUUGGGGAUUGUUAAGCAAUACUACUCGGCGAAAUUCCAACGAGGAUAUGCAGGGAUAUGUUCUUGCUGGAACAGGGUUCAAAAGAUUUAGCUUUGCCGAGCUCAAGAAGGCAACACGGGGCUUUAGUGAAGAGAUUGGAAGAGGGGCUGGAGGAAUCGUGUACAAAGGCGUAUUGGCUGAUCAAAGAGUUGCAGCGAUUAAGCUUCUUAGCGAGGCUGAUCAAGGAGAAGCUGAAUUUCUAGGUGAAGCUAACACAAUUGGGAGGCUGAACCAUAUGCACUUGAUUGAGAUGUGGGGAUAUUGCUCAGAGAAAAAGCACAAGCUUCUCGUUUACGAGUACAUGGAGCAUGGUUCCUUGGCUGAUAAGUUAUCUUCCAAUGCUCUCGAUUGGGAGAAGAGGUUUGAGAUUGCUGUCGGGACUGCGAAAGGCCUUGCUUAUCUGCACGAAGAGUGUUUGGAGUGGGUUUUGCACUGUGAUGUUAAGCCUCAAAACAUUCUCUUGGACUCAGAUUACCAACCAAAGGUUGCAGAUUUUGGACUCUCCAAGCUAAUCAACAGGGGCGGCCUUGAAAACUCGAGCAUUUCGAGGAUACGAGGAACGAGAGGAUACAUUGCACCGGAGUGGGUGUACAACCAGCCGAUUACGUCGAAAGUGGAUGUUUACAGCUAUGGGAUUGUCGUGUUGGAGAUGGUGACUGGGAAGAACCCUACCAUUGGCGUUGGUGGCGUUGAGGGUGAGCAGAGAGGACUGAUUAAUUGGGUGAGGGAGAGGGUUGAUGGAAGUGGUGGGAUUGGAUCAAGGAUAGGAGAGAUCGUAGACCCUUCAUUUGGAGAGAAUUAUGAUGCGAGGAAGAUGGAGAUUCUGUUGGAAGUAGCUUUGCAAUGUGUAGAGGAAGACAAAAAUGCAAGACCUACCAUGACCCAAGUGGUUGAAAAGCUCCUGCGGAUUCACAAAGACAGAGAUCAUUGAGUGGUCUUAUUACACCUCUGUUUGUUUCGUAUACAUGUAAUGUUGUGCAUACUAUUACUGUACUAUGUUACCUUUGCCAUCGCCUCCA